CUUAAAAAUAGUUAUUCUAUCAAAAUUGAUACUUGAAAAAAUCAAUUAAGUAACAUUAUCAUAAAUAUUGCGAUACCUUCACAUCUUAUUGUAAAAAUCUAAAGAUAAAUUAUUAUCAUAGCUGAAGAGUAGAGUACCUUUAAUCUAGAUCACGUUUUAACUAAGAUAUUGUUUUAAAUACGCACAUUGUAUACCUACUUAAAUGAUUGUAAUUUUUUUACCAAAAACACUUUAAUCAAACGAAAAACAGGAAAUUUUCCAGUUGAACUGAUAAACACAAUUUUUUUUAAUUUGACGUAUUUAUAGAUAUAAAUUAUAUAUUAAUGGAUAGAAUCUAACUUAUCUCUAUGCUAUAAAAAAGGUAGUCUAGUUUUAAAAAUAGGUUUUUAUUAGCCCUCAUCUGUAGGGUAGUGGUCAACGUCUUUAUUUAUGUUAUAAAAUUCUAGUUUAAAAAAUAAAGUUUUUAUUAGCCCUCAAUAGUGGGGUAAAGUGGUCAAAGUGAAAUUUAAAUAUGGAACGAAAAUCUAUUUUCGGAUUUCGCAUUGUAAUUAUUACAAUUAUAGGAUGUGUACAAUGUUCCGAAAUAUAUUCAACAAAGGAGUACAAAAGAACUCAAUCUUCUGCAUUGAGUACUGCAGCAUUCAGAAGUGAUAUUGCAUUUGCAUUCUUCAAGGAAGCCCAACAGUACAGUGAGAAUAAUUCGACUAGAGCUUUCAGUAAGAAACAGUGCCUAAAAGAUAUAGCUAAGAUACAAGAAGGAAUUCAGGACUUGCAAGAGUGGGCUUUGGAAUGGCCCGACUCAUGGGGACGUAUGCCAAUGGGCCUAUUUUGGGGACACACCAUCAGUAUGGGAGCAUACGAGGAGUGCCUUGCAGCUUCUCAACAAAUUUCAGAAACACAUAGUGUAAGAGGAAAAUAUUGUUUAGCCAAUAUUCCGAUCAAAGAAUACUACUCUCAAGUUAAACCACGAAAUAAUAAUCUCAACGCUCGAACAACUUACAAACAAUCAGAUCCGACAGUAUUUCAAUUAGGAAUUUGUAUUCCGAGUUCAUGUUCUGCUAAAAUGGGAAAUGAUUUUUUGCGUGAAGUUCUGAAGAAUGUAACUGGCGACGAAUUUACAAAGCAAAAUAUGGUUAGAGAGAAAAUGUGUAGAAUAGAGGAGCCAAUUGUUCUUCGAGGAAUUGAUAUUUUUGCGAUAGCAUUUUUAUGUACCGUUGUAUUUAUCAUGAUUGUAAGUAGUAUAUACGAUGCAGUUCUACUCAAAAAAGGACAAAAUGGACAUCCCUUAUUGACUGCAUUCUCGGUUUAUUCCAACGCUCCGAAAAUUUUCACAGUCAAACCUACAAACAAUCCAAAUGUUAUUUCUUGUUUGGCUGGCAUGAGAACAAUAUCUAUGAUGUGGGUAGUAUUCGGACAUGGUUAUAUGACUUUUAAACAAUUACCUCAUGUGGAUGUAAAUAAAUUUUACACGUGGAUUGAAACACCAUAUUCUAUGCUAGUACAAAAUGCAACCUUUUGCGUUGACACAUUUUUCUUUAUGAGUGGUUUACUGAUGCUUUGGGGUGUGUUCCGUGAAAUGGAGAAAAAUAAAGGCAGAAUUAACAUACCUUUGAUGUACUUCCAUCGAUAUAUUCGUCUAACUCCGGUAUUAGCAGUGUUGAUAUUGUAUAUCUUGAGUUUGUAUAAAUAUUCUGGACAUGGGCCAAUGUGGAUGAAGAUUGCAUAUCAAGACAAAAGAUGCAGCGAGACGUGGUGGGCUACAUUGCUCUAUGUACAAAAUUAUAUGUUUCCACAUGAUUACUGUGUUGGUCAAUCAUGGUACUUGGCUGUCGAUACUCAGCUAUAUGUGCUCUCACCACUUAUACUCAUCCCAUUAUGGAAGUGGGGCAAGAAAGCACUUGGUCCAAUCAUUUUACUUGGCGUACUCUGCAUGGUUUGCACCUAUGCUACCUUUAUGAAAAAUGGUUUUACACUGUUUCGUGUACAAGAUGACGAUGUUGAUCGUCGUCAAGCACUUACCUAUUAUCCAACACACACCCGAGUUCCAACAUGGCUGAUUGGUGUUCUGUUUGGUUACUUCUUCUUCAAAUACAAUCGUGGACGUCAAUUCGCAAUGAACAAGUGGCUAGUUAUUCUAGGAUGGACUGUUGCAUUGGGAACAAUGUUAGCUUGUGUUUGGGGACCAUACUGGAGAAUUCUUCCUGGCACACCUAAUGCACCGAUUGUCGAAGGAGCUUUAUAUGAACCAAUAAGUAGAGCUUCAUGGGCUUGUGCAAUUGGUUGGAUUGUAUGGGCUUGUUAUAAUGGGCAUGGUGGAAUCAUCAAUGAUUUUCUAUCUUGGGGCUUCUUCCAAGGAUUUGCUCGCUUGUCGUACUGCAUGUAUAUCAUUCAUAGGGUUGUACAAAAUGUAAAUGGUGCUCGAAUACAGCAUGAUACUAAGUUUGGAGACUAUGAAGCUCUUCUCCGUUGGUGGCAUGACUUUGGGAUUUCUUUGACAUUAUCGUGUUUUGCAACUUUAGCAUUUGAAGCACCUAUUCUUGGAAUUGAAAAGGCAAUUUUCAGAAGGGGCAAACCAUCAGAGCCAAAGAAACCAAAGGAACUAUUGCAAGUUUCUGUAGAUGGAACAAAAGCUGAAUCAUUACAAAGUAAAGAUGAAAAAAGUUAACAUAGAUAAUUUAUUUUAAGAAAUAGUUAUAAGAAAAUAUAACAAUAAAUAAGCCAUUCAUGAAGUGCAAGAAUAUGAGAAAAUAAUGUGUUUUACA